ACAACAUAUUAUCCGGUCGCCGAAGACGACAACGACGACAUUAUUUUCCGAUCCGAUUCGCCGGUUCAAACUGUACCAUUCUCCGAUCCGAUUCGGCGAUACAAACUCUGUCAAUCAAUCGGAACGGCGAUGGGUAUUUGCAGCUCUUGUGAAUCCACAUCUGUGGCCACAGCGAAGCUGAUCCUACAAGACGGUCGAUUACAAGAAUACUCGUACCCAGUGAAGGUCUCGUACGUUUUGCAGAAGAACCCAUCGUCGUUCAUCUGCGAUUCCGACGAGAUGGACUUCGACGACGUCGUGUCGGCGAUAAGCGACGACGAGGAGCUCCAACCGGGUCAGCUCUAUUUCGCCCUGCCGUUGAGCCGCUUGAAGGAGCCGCUCCGGUCGGAGGAAAUGGCGGCGCUGGCCGUCAAGGCCAGCUCCGCAUUGAUGAAGAGCGGCCGCGAUAAAUGCGGGUGUCGCCGGAAAUAUAUUUCGUCGGCGUUGUUGUCCGGGGGUGAGAAGGGUGCCAAGCCGUCGCGCAGGGUGGCCGACGGCGGCGGCGUUGGGGACGGUGGGUUGAGAAAAGGCGGUGGGAGAAGACGAAACUUUACGGCCAAGUUGAGUGCGAUACAAGAGUAGGGCCGUAGGGGCGAGAGAGUGAAAAAGAAUGUUGGAAGUGGGGCAUUUGUGUAAAUAUUGUAAUGAGUUGAGGCUACUCUCUUUUCUUUUUUUAUUCAAUUGUUUUUUUUUAGAGCUGUUUUUCUUAGUUUCUUAGUGGGUGAUUAGUACAGUAAUUACUGAUUACCGGUUACUGAUUGGCAAUGGGCGUUCAAAAUUUUGGGUCAACCAUCUAAGGGGUCAACUUACCAAUUUUACCCUUUGAUGCUUUGUGAUAUAUUUUAAUAAGAUACAAAAGUUUUAAAAUA